CCCUAAAAAGUCCAGGGAGGUAUCCAGUCAGGUCAGCUAUUUACAUUGAUCAGGGCUAUUGCUAUGAUGAUGAAGAGUGUUCAGCGUCUACUGUGGCUGUAUUAACAAACUCCAAACCCGAGUCUUCCGGUUGUUAUUGAUACGAUUCAUCGAUGAUCCCCCAGAUUAUUGGGAGCAGGCUGAGCUGAAACAUGCCGGGACGUGUCUGGUGUCACGGGAUAAUGAGUCAGCGAAGCUUUAAAUAGACUCGGUUUCGUUUCUGCUCUCAGACCGACAGCAGAGACAGAGAUCAAGCUAUUUCCCAUAAGACGAGGACCCUAAGAACACAUUAUAAAAUUUCUCUUCUGGUCCCCUUUCGGAUCAAGACCCAACAACAAUGCGGAACCACCACACCAAGCAGACUUCCACAGGUACUGGCACGGCUCAGAAACCAGUCCUCCCUCAGGUCAGAUACCACCCCUCCAUCCAGACUCCAGAAGGCAUCACUGGAACCAGAACCUCCAGUAAAACCAGACCCGGUGCUGCGCGCCCCCUUCAGACUGGGACUGACUCCCGGGCAGAUCCAGGAAACAGCGGCGCCCAAAAAGCUGCCUCGGCUGCGAGACCUCCUCCUGAAGGAGGACAGAAACGGGCACAGAAACCUGUGAAGGAGGCGGUUGCUGCUGAUCCAGAUCCUCCCCAGAAACCUUCCCCAGCAGCCCCUCCCAAACCCGAGCAGGUGCCCCUGGAUGUGGGUGUCCGUCUGGACCGGUGUGUGGUGGAGGAGGUGGAAGUCUUGACCCGCGGACAGAGAAACAACCCAGACUGGUUCGCUUGGAGGAAGAACCGAAUCACGGCCUCGGUGGCACACAGCAUCGCUCGCUCCGGCUUUGUUAACGGCAAGAGCAAAACUCCACCCACCUCCUACCUGGCUGCUGUCACAGGUGAGGGGCCCAGAGUCCAGACCAGAGCCAUGAGCUGGGGGGUCCACAUGGAGGCUGAGGUCAUCCGCAGGUACCAGAGGCUGAAGUCCUCGGCGUUGGGCCAGCAGGUCUGCGUUCGGGACUGUGGCUUGUUCGUCGACCCCCGGAGGCCCUGGUUGGCUGCCAGUCCUGACGGCAUCGUGACGGACAGACGAAGCGGCCAAUGGCUGCUCUGUCUGGAGGUGAAGUGUCCCUACAAGCACAGACACAGGCGGGUGGAGGACGCCUGCAGGGAGGACCCCGCCUUCUGUCUGCAGCUGCAUGAGGAGGCCACACGGGAGCGCGGCGGGAUUCCAGUGUACCGCCUGAAGACCUCCCACAGCUACUACACUCAGAUCCAGUGUCAGCUGGCGGUGACGGGGCUGCGGGAGGCCGACCUCGUGGUCUUCACCCUGAAGGAAACGGCUGUGGUCCUGGUGACCUUUGACCCCGAGCUGUGGGAGGAGACAGUGUCCAAACUGGAGGUGUUUUACAGGGACGCUGUGCUGCCUCACGUCAGGCAGAAGAUGCAGCAGCGUGCAGCAGCCGCUGGGACGCCGGAGCUGUAGAGGUCCAGGGCUCGCAAAAUCUGUUUUUUGCCAGUCUUUUUUUCCAGUCGGGCUACCAAAGUCUAUCUCUGCCCUGUCCGU